AUUAGUUUUGUUUCUUUGGGUAUUUAUAUAAAUUAUAUAUUAACUUCAGUCAAUUUAUUUUGUUUUAUUAAAUAAAUCUUAGGUGUUUCAAAGAGAAAAAGAUGGUUAUUAUUGGAAGGGAAGACCAUGUAGAGUUUGAUUGGAGGUCAAGGAACAUCCUUCCUCCAGUAAGAAACCAAGGAAAACUGAAUUGUUGCUGGGCUAUAUGCGCAGCUGAUGUAGUUGCUUCGACCUUUAAUGCCCUAGGAAGAGAGGCAAAUUUAAAUCUCUCUCCACAACACCUUGUGGACUUUAUUAACUGGAAAUGUAAGCGUAUGGGAAAAGGGUUUCCAGUUUGGCGUGCGCUUGAUUACAUCAGAGAUCAGGGAAUCACAACUGAAGAAUUAUAUCCAUUCCAAGGUAGAAGAACAAAUCUAGAUGAUAAUAAGAAAGCACCUGAGUUUCAGAAGUUGUACACUAUCCACCAGUACUCAAAUGUGAAUCAAGAAAAUAUCAUUACAACUCUGAGGAAUCGACCAAUGAUUAUUGCGGCAAAAUUUGACAAAUCUAUUGGGUCUAUGGUUGGAGACUGGAACAUUUACACUCCGAAUUAUGAAGAAAUACAAUGUCGAGGGCAUGGGCUACUUUUGGUUGGGUACGGGAAGGAAAUAAUAAUCCAUCAGAUACAAAAGAUGCGAAAUGGGCGAUUAGAAAACCACGUUUAUAAUGAAGAAAAGCCCUACUGGAUCGUGAGGAGUUCUUGGGGACCAGAAUGGGGAAGAGGUGGGUAUGCACGGAUUGCAAGAGAUUCAUUGGCUAUUACCGCAUGGAGUGUACAAUUAGAAGGUGAAUAGCAUAAUGUUGAUUCCAAGAAACCAUGUUUUUCAAAACACUGCAUCUACGUACGUACGUUGUUCUUUUUUUAAUCAUUGUUUGGCAUGUUGCUUUUGACAUUUAAACUUUCUUUGGGCAUUUUGUUUUGAUAAUUAGAUACCUAUAAUCCAAACAUAUGAAAUAGAAAGCAGUUAUUGAAUGUAUAAGCUGCAUGCAAAUACAAAAGCUUUGUUUUUACUU